UGAGAAAACUGAAACUAAUGAUGAAAGCAACAAAAUUUUAGUAUCCAAAUAAAAUUUUGAGUCUCCUAAGUGAGGUCUUACCUGAACCCUGAAAGCAGUCUAGGUCAAGCUUGGCCUGUGUAUAUAACCAUAUGCCUUCCCACCCAUCAAAUCAAAUCAAUCGCAUUAGGAUUAGUAGAAUAGCGAGAUGGGGUGGAGAGGGAUUCUGGGUUUUGAGUAUGGAAUAGUCCAAGGACCACUGGGACCUGAUAUUGCUGGACCGGAGCUUGUAGCUGCUGUUGCUAACGCUGGUGGCCUUGGCCUUCUUAGAGCUCCUGAUUGGGAAUCUCCGGAAUACUUAAAGGAGCUGAUAAGGAAGACCAGAACGUUAACUGACAAACCCUUUGGGGUUGGUGUUGUUCUAGCAUUUCCUCACAAGGAAAAUAUAAAGGCUAUACUCGAGGAAAAGGUAGCAGUAUUGCAACUAUAUUGGGGAGAAUGCUCAAAGGAGCUUGUACUUGAAGCCCAUAAUGCCGGGGUCAAGGUUGUUCCCCAAGUUGGGAGUGUUGAGGAAGCAAAAAAAGCAAUUAAUGUGGGUGUAGAUGCAAUCAUUGUCCAAGGGCGUGAAGCAGGAGGGCAUGUAAUUGGACAGGAGGGUCUAAUUUCAUUGUUGCCACAAGUAGUUGACCUUGUUGGUGAUCGAGAUAUUCCUGUAAUUGCUGCUGGCAGUAUUGUAGAUGGUCGUGGCUAUGUUGCUGCUUUGACUCUUGGUGCUAAAGGCAUUUGCAUGGGCACUAGAUUUCUUGCAACUCAUGAAAGCUAUGCUCACCCCACGUACAAGAGGAAACUGAUCGAACAUGAUAAAACUGAGUACACAGAUGUGUUUGGCAGAGCAAGGUGGCCUGGUGCGCCACAUCGUGUCCUGCAAACACCUUUCUUCUGUGAUUGGAAAUCCCUUCCUGUUCACGAAAAUGAAACUAAUCAGCCAAUCAUUGGUCGAUCAAUAAUACAUGGCGUGGAAAAAGAAAUUCAACGUUUUGCUGGUACAGUGCCAAAUGCAACAACAACAGGUGACAUUGAAAGCAUGGCGAUGUAUGCAGGCCAAAGUGUAGGCCUCAUCAAGGAAAUCCUACCUGCUGGAGAAGUGGUGAGGAGGCUAGUUGAAGGGGCUCAACUUGUGAUCCAGCAAAUAUUGAGUGGGGAAUCUGUCUAAAUAAAUUAUGAACUGGAACUGCACAUGUUUAUAUGAAUUGGAUACCUGGGUUAAUAAUGUUCUUACAAUAUUUUAAAGUAUCAAUAACUUGAAGAGACUAUACUGUAAUAAACCAUAUUACCAUGAUCUAAAUGAUAUCUCUUUUGCUUUUUA